AUGGAGCCCUUUUCCUUGGUGCCAUCUUCAUUUGUCAGGAUCCAAGUGCUGGUUUACCAGGGUAAAAUCAAGAUCGACCUUUUCCUCUCAAUCACUCCCGUGAUCAGCUCCUGUCACGCGAAGAUGGGUCUGCCUCCCUCAAGGCUGUCCUCUCAAAACGCUAUGGGUGGGCGGGAGAAUUGUGAUUCUGGGCACCUUGGACCGGCCCUCCGGCGCCCGCCGCUCACCACCUCCCCUCCGACCCAGGGCCAGACCCCGCUGCCGUCCGGCCCCCCCAGGACCGGCUGCUGCGGCUGCCGCCCCCCACCCCCGGGGCAGGACCCCCGGGACCGACCCCCGGGGCCGCCUCCCUCAGCGCUGGGGCCGCAGCGGGGCCCGGACCCGGGGGUCAGAGAUGCCGGACCCCCCGGACCUCCAGCCCGCCGGGCCCCGCGCCCUCUCCUCCUCCUCCUCCUCCUUCUCCUCCUCGGCCCAGACCCACACCCCGGACCCAACACCCCGGGCCACGUGGGGAACGCGGUGACCGUUCCAGAGACCCUGCUCUUUGUGUCCACCCUGGACGGGAGCCUGCAUGCGGUCAGCAAGAGGACCGGCGGCAUCAAAUGGACCCUGAAAGAUGAUCCUAUCAUCCAGGGGCCACUGUACGUCUCAGAACCGGCCUUUCUCCCGGAUCCCAAUGAUGGCAGCCUCUACAUAAUGGGGGGCAAGAACAAGGAAGGCCUGAUGAAACUCCCUUUCACCAUCCCGGAGCUGGUCCAGUCAUCCCCGUGCCGCAGCUCAGAUGGUAUUCUCUACACAGGGAAGAAGCAGGACACUUGGUUCCUGGUGGACCCCAAGUCAGGAGAGAAGCAGACGACUCUGUCGACGGAGGCAUGGGAUGGGCUGUGCCCCUCGGCCCCCCUCUAUAUCGGCCGAACACAAUACACGGUCACCAUGUAUGACACCAAGUCGCGUGAGCUGCGCUGGAACGUCACCUACCACGAUUACUCUGCGCCGCUCAUGGAUGAUUCCUACGGCUACGAGAUGGCUCACUUGGCCUCGAGCGGGGACGGGCUGGUGGUGACGGUGGACAAAGGGAGCGGGGCGGUACUCUGGAUGCACAACUACGGCUCCCCGGUGGCGGGCAUCUACGUCUGGCACCGGGACAGCCUGCGCCGGCUGCCCCAUCUGAACGUGGCCAUGGAGACCCUGCGCUACCUCACGUUCUACUCCCGCCACAUCCGCCUCGCCCACUGGAGAAGCCCACCUGACCCUGCCAACGGGGACUUCUCCGCCACCAAGACCCAGCUCCAGUCGACCCUCUACGUGGGGAAGCACUCAGCCAGUUUCUAUGCCUCCACUGCCCUGGUCCAUGCCGGCGUGGCCCUGGUGCCGCGGGGGGUGACCCUGGCCCGGAUCGAGGGGCCCACCACGGAGGAGGUGACCCUGCGGGAAUCGGGGGAGUGUGAGAUCACCCCCAGCACGGAUGUCAAAUACCCCCAUGGCAGCAUCACCUUCCUCAGCAACCAGUGGCUGCUCAUCGGCCACCAUGAGCUGCCCCCGGUGGUUCACACCACCAUGCUGAGAGCCUUCCCGACGGCGGGCAGGACGACGACGGCGGGGACGGAGGCAGAGCACUUACCUCCCAGGACCUCCCCAGUCCCCACGCUCUUUGGCGAGUUCUUGAGGCCGAGUCCAGAGGAAGAGGCCUGGGGCCCCGAGCGGCUGCCGGACGUGGACAGCGGCCCUGCUGCAGGACGCACGGAGCUCUCUCCCCAGCCUGGGCCCGGAGGCCUGCUGAUGGCUGGCGUCACUGCCCUGCUGCUGGGUGGCUGGCUCCUCUGCCUGCUGCUCCAGCACCUGCAGGAACAGCAGCGAGUGCAGCAACAGAGGCUGGAGCAGCAGCUGGACGAAAAGCUGAAGCAACUUCAACAGCACAGCACAGCUGGCCCCGAUGGCCCGCCCCUUCCCCGGGGGGCCGCCCUGGGGGGCCCGGGGGAUGUGGGGACCCUCUCCCCAACCCCCUCCACCAGUUCCCUGCAGAGUUCCCGGGCACCCGGAGACCCCGAAGCUGAGGACCUGACAGUGGUCGGGAAAAUCUCCUUCAACCCCCGGGACGUUCUGGGUCACGGAGCCGGAGGGACUUUCGUGUUCAGGGGCCAGUUCGAGGAUCGGGCAGUGGCGGUGAAGCGGUUGCUGCGUGAGUGCUUUGGGCUGGUGGAGCGGGAGGUGCAGCUGCUGCGGGAGUCGGAUGCACACCCCAACGUAGUGCGCUACUUCUGCACCGAGCGGGGGCCCCAGUUCCAUUACAUCGCACUGGAGCUCUGCCUGGCCUCUCUGCAGGAGUAUGUGGAAAAUGGUGGCGUGCCCGGCCUGAGCUUGGAGCCCGUGGCCCUGCUGCAGCAGACUGCAUCUGGACUCGCUCACCUGCACUCUCUCAAUAUCGUUCACCGAGACCUGAAGCCUUGCAACAUCCUCAUCUCGGGGCCCGACAGCCGCGGGUGCAGCCGGGCCGUCCUCUCCGACUUCGGCCUCUGCAAGAAGCUGCCCCGGGGACGUCGCAGCUUCAGCCUGCGCUCGGGCAUCCCCGGCACCGAGGGCUGGAUGGCCCCCGAGCUCCUGCGCCCCCAGCCCCGGGACAACCCCACCUGCGCCGUGGACAUCUUCUCCGCAGGCUGCGUGUUCUACUACGUGCUGUCUGGUGGAGAGCAUCCAUUUGGGGACAGCCUGCACCGCCAGGCCAACAUCCUGGCCGCGGCCCACCAACUCACCUACCUGGAGAGCCAGACCCAUGACAAGAUGGUUGCCCGAGAGCUGGUGGGAGCCAUGCUGAGCGCCAGGCCCCCGCUGCGCCCCUCGGCCCACCGCGUGCUGGCCCAUCCCUUCUUCUGGAGCCCGGCCAAGCAGCUGCAGUUCUUCCAGGACGUGAGCGACCGGCUGGAGAAGGAGGCGGCGGAGGGGCCCGUGCUGUCGGAGCUGGAGGCCGGGGGCCGCGCCGUCGUCCGGGGCGACUGGCACGUGCACAUCUCCGCCCCGCUGCAGAUGGACUUGCGAAAGUUCCGGUCUUACAAAGGGACGUCGGUGCGGGACCUUCUCCGAGCUAUGAGGAACAAGAAACACCACUACCACGAGCUGCCCGGCGAGGCGCAGCGGGCCCUGGGGGCUGUUCCCGAGGAGUUCGUGCAGUACUUCACGGCCCGCUUCCCGCUGCUGCUCCUGCACACGCACCGGGCCAUGCGGGGCUGUGCCUCCGAGCGCUUCUUUCGGCCCUACUACGGGGAGGAGCAGGAGGAGCCGGAGCAGCUCGGCGGGAGGUAGCCGGCGGGGGGAGGACCGACCGGCAACCGUGACCCGCCGAAAGGCUUUCUCCGUCUGCCUCACUCUGGCUUCAGCCCCUUGUCCCUGUUCGGGCUCUUAGGGAAGCAGGAAGGGCCGAGAGUGAGAGACGCGGAGGAAGCAGGUGGACCCUACCCGCCCUGUCCCCGGCUUCCCCUCGGCCUCGCGGCCGCCCUGCUCGGACGGAGCCGGAGAAACUCUCCCUUGUGCCCUCUUUUGUCUGGGCCGGUCCGGCUCCCCGGUCUCACCGCCGAGGCCGGGCCUCCGGACACGGGGCUGCCCGUCUGUUUUAAAUUAAAAUGACGGCGGCCGCUGCCUUCGCAGUA